AUGACCACAAUUCGGAUGUUGUUUUCUUUGGCUGCUUGCAAAUAUUGGAAGUUGUGGCAACUAGAUGUAAAGAAUUCCUUUCUUUAUGGGGAGUUAGAUCGCGAUAUCUUUAUGGAGCAGCCAAUGGGUUUUGUCUCUAAAACCUUUCCGGUUAUGUCUAUCGUCUCAAGAAGGCUUUAUUCAAGUUUAUUUGUUAAGAAGACUUCAUCUGGUAAUACAAUGCUCCUUCUAUGUGUUGAUGACAUGAUCAUUACUGGCGAUGAUAGUGUUGAAAUUCAUCAUCUUCAAGAUGCUUUGUUUCUUCGUUUUGAAAUGAAAAAGUUAGGAGAAGUAAAUUGUUUUCUUGGUCUCGAAGUUAAAAGAACAUAUGGUUAUUUUGUACCGCAAAGAGGAUAUGUAGCAAGGUUAUUAGAUCGGUUUGGUAUGAGUGAGUCAAAUGCAAUGACUACUCCUAUAGAACCUGGUUUAAAGUUAACUAAAGAUAGAGGGAAAAAACUAGAAGAUGCAACUCUUUUUUGUCAGCUUGUUGGUAGCUUAUUCUAUUUAACUAUUACAAGGCCUGACAUUUCAUACUCUGUAGGUGUCAUAUCUCAGUUUAUGACAGAACCGCAUGAUAGUCACUUUGUUGCAGCUAAGAGAAUUCUUCGUUAUGUUAAAGGAACUUUGAAUCUUGGGUUAUUGUAUAAACCAUGUGCACCAUUUCUUUUGAAUGGUUUUGUUGAUGCAGAUUGGGCGAGAGAUGUCAAUGAUAGACGUUCAACGACAGGUUAUUGUUUUAAUAUAGGAUCAGCUGCGAUAUCUUGGUGUAGUAAGAAACAAAGUACAGUUGCACUUUCUAGUUGUGAAGCUGAAUAUGUAGCGUCUACCAUGGCUACUCAAGAAUGUAUUUGGCUUAAACAGCUUAUUACAGAGAUGCUUAAUGUUGUGGAUUAUUUGGUUCCUAUUUAG